AGAUAAGGUAUACACAAAGACUAGUAACCUAAUGUCCAUCGAUUUCUAGCAUUCAAUCUGAAACUUAAUUUCUCCUGAUUGACAAGGGCUCACAGACCAAGUGAAGGCGGUGCUUAUUUUCUCGGUCUUUAAUGCCUUUUUGUUCCUUCCAAAUCGUACCUUGACUCCUGUGCAUGUGUACACUUCAGAUAAGCUGACCGUAUUUCUUUUCUUGUAGAUAAAAUUUGACAUUGCAUGACACAAUGCUUCUUGUCAUAUUGUCAUUGGUGUUCUGUGAAUCCGAUGGCACUUUCAUUAUUACGGAUACACAUGCGGGGGAGGUUCGAGGUUUCCAGAUUCCCACGAAUUCUGGAUCACAUUUAAACGUUUUCCUCGGCAUACCUUAUGCAGAGGCCCCUGUUGAUAGCCUGCGCUUUGCGCCACCAGUAGAAAAGGAUAGCUGGAUGCCCCGAAUAUUGAACGCCACGAAAUUUGGACCAGCAUGCCCCCAGGUGUUGAGAUCAUUGCGAUAAAAUUUGACAUUGCAUGACACAAUGCUUCUUGUCAUAUUGUCAUUGGUGUUCUGUGAAUCCGAUGGCACUUUCAUUAUUACGGAUACACAUGCGGGGGAGGUUCGAGGUUUCCAGAUUCCCACGAAUUCUGGAUCACAUUUAAACGUUUUCCUCGGCAUACCUUAUGCAGAGGCCCCUGUUGAUAGCCUGCGCUUUGCGCCACCAGUAGAAAAGGAUAGCUGGAUGCCCCGAAUAUUGAACGCCACGAAAUUUGGACCAGCAUGUCCCCAGGUGUUGAGAUCAUUGCGGAACAGCUUUGGGAACCCCUUUCAUGAUGUACAAGAGGACUGCUUGUACCUGAAUAUAUAUGCCCCAAAGAAUGCGAGUAAUCCCACUCAAACAUAUCCGGUUAUGGUAUGGAUACACGGAGGAUAUUUCCAAUUAGGAUCGGGAUCGGAGUACGACGGCAGGAUCCUGGCAUCCAAGGGAGGGGUCAUUGUAAUCACCAUUAAUUAUCGACUUGGUCCUCUAGGGUUUUUGUCAACAGACGAUUCAGUGUCGAGCGGAAAUCAGGGUGUUCUUGAUCAGGUUCUAGCAUUGAAAUGGAUAAACAAAAAUAUCCAUAAUUUUGGUGGAAAUUCCCAGCAGGUGACCCUUUUCGGUCAGAGUGCCGGAGGGGCCUCGGUUUCGCUACAUAUGUUUUCCCCUCUCUCCACAGGUUUGUUUCAAGGAUUAAUUUCACAAAGCGGGUGUGCAGUCAGUCCGUUUGCUGUGAAUAGACCCCCGCAUUCACAGCUGGUCAACACCAGAAACCUGGCAUUGAUGCUGGGGUGUCCUGUGCUCUCAUCAAAAGUCAUGGUGAACUGUUUAAGGCAUAAAUCAGCAGAAGACAUCGUUUCUGCUGCUCCACCGCGUCCUCAGCUAACCCUGCCGUACACUCCUAGAGUCGACGGAUAUUUCCUGCAUGACGUUCCAGAAAACCUGAUAAAAAGGGGAAAUUUUAAUCGAAAUAUCAGGGUUAUGAUGGGUUAUGUUCGCGAUGAAUCUUCCAUCUUCAUUCCCAGUACGUUUGAUGAACAUGGCGGAUAUGACGUCACGUUCUAUGAUUCGUUACUGACCGAUUUAAGCGCCGGGUUUCUUCACAGUGACAAAGUAAAGUCGACUGUAAUGUGCUACUAUCCCGUCGAGCUUAACAACACCCUGGAGAACGCGGACACAUAUAUGAAUCUGGUAUCUGACUUUGAGUUCAAAUUUCCCCAUAUAAAUAUGGCUUCCAGCUUCGUAACUAAAGGGAUAGUCACCUGGCUGUACGAGUUCAACUAUCUCUCACCAAACUACCCCGGACCCAAAUGGAGGGGUGUCUACCAUUCGAGUGAAUUGUUUUUUCUGUUCGGAGCACCUCUGUAUUCUUUGGAUCCAUGUCCAGGAGAUGUACACGAAACUUGUCCUCAAAUCUGGGAAACGAUCCCUGAAUGGGACCACAAGGACAGAGAAAUGAGUGAGACCAUCAUUGAUUUGUGGAGUCAAUUUGCAAAAAUGAGUUCACAUGAAAUAUCACUAUCUCUAUAUGGUGGAACACAGUGGGGUGCCUUUAACAAAGACAAGCAGUUUCUGUUCAUUGGGAAUUCUACUGAAUUACGUCACUACACCAGUAGUCCAACAAUGGACUUGUGGGAUAAAUUUGAUUUUCUGGAUUAUUACGUAAACCCUGAUUUUCAUUGUAAUUUAGAUUAGAUGAAAGUAAUUUUGAAUUAAAUAUACUGAUUCAUUUAAAAACUUCUACGUAAGAAGAAAAUAAAACACAUCUUGCUGUGACA